AUGGCUAGUGCAGGGCUGCAGGUUUUGGGUUUGGCUCUGGCGCUUUUCGGUUUGCUUGGCGACAUCAUCAUCUGUGCUUUGCCCAUGUGGAGAGUGACGGCCUUCAUCGGGCAGAACAUCGUGACCGCGCAGACCUUCUGGGAGGGCCUGUGGAUGAACUGUGUGAUGCAGAGCACGGGACAGAUGCAGUGCAAAGUGUAUGACUCCAUGUUGGCUCUGCCCCAGGACCUGCAGGCCGCGCGCGCUCUCGUGGUCAUCUCCAUCCUCCUGACGCUGUUCGGUCUCCUGCUCGCGGUCGCUGGGGGAAAGUGUACAAACUGCAUCGAGGACGAACCGACUAAGGCGCGCGUGUCCGUGGCGGCCGGCGUGUUCUUUCUGGUGGGCGGUGUUCUGUGCCUGAUUCCUGUGUGCUGGUCGGCUCACACGGUCAUCAUGGACUUCUAUAACCCUACCCUGGCGGACGCACGGAAGCGCGAGCUCGGCGCAUCGCUGUUCGUUGGCUGGGGCGCCGCCGCUUUACUGCUGCUCGGAGGCGCGCUCUUCUGCUCCCAGUGUCCUAAGACUGAAUAUCGAGGUUAUUCAGCCAAAUAUACAGCGCCAAGAUCAAAUGCACAUGGUGGUGGCAACUACGUGUAGGUUUAACGAAAGCUUAACAUUGGCCUGAUGGACAACUAAUGUGUCUUAACUAACUUGUGUUUUUAUUGGACAGGUUUACUAAAUAAACAUGUUUUAUGCAAUCUGUUUUCUCUUGGGCUCUAAAACCUAAACCCUUAAGUUAGG